AAAAGAAAAAGAAAAAGAAAAUCGGACACACCUCAUCCUCCUCCCGAGCUCACAAAAACCUCAAACCCCAACCAUCUCCACAGAAAGCGAAGAGGAGGAAGAAGAAGAGAAAAAUAAUGGAGCUCUUCGUCUCCACCGUUGCCUCCACGCGCGCCACCGCUCCCUUAUCCUUCGCCUCCUUCCACCACCGCCGCCGCGCGGCCCCUUCCGCCGUCGCCGUCCGCCACAGCGGCGGCCGCCGCCGCCUCCUCCAGGCUCGAGGGUGGCGGUGCGCGAGCGCGGCCGUGCCGGACCCGGUGCCCUCCGAGGAGCCCUCGUCCGCGUCCACCGUCGUCGUCGUCACGGAGGACAAGCCCGAUCCGCUGGCGGAGGAGAAGAGUGGGGACGUUGCGGCCGUCUCUAACGGCGGACCUCUGGAGACCGCGGCACCGGCGCCGGCGUCGUCGGAGACAGCCGAGGAAGAUGGUGGCUUGGACGACAUACUGAGCAAGCUGGACAUCCAAGUGACACCCACUUAUGUCCUCUACGGAUCUGGUGCUUUCAUUGUUUUAUUGGUUCUAUCUUCGGUUGUUUCUGCAAUUGAUUCCAUUCCCCUGGUUCCAAAAGUUCUGGAACUCAUAGGAACUGGUUACUCAAUUUGGUUCACUUCACGGUACCUCCUUUUCAAGGAAAGCAGAGACGACCUGUUUGCGAAAUUCAAUGAUCUCAAGGAAAGGAUAAUUUGAGUUCACAGUGAAUGAUCCUUUGGCGUAUGUUGGGCUUGACAGCCAACUUAUUAGUAGGUCCUCUUUUUAUAACUAUUAAAAGGAAAAAAAAAAGGUUGUGUAUGUAAGCGAUGUUUCUUUUGCUUCAAAUAUGAUCAGACAACCAUAGUUUUGUUUGCUAGAGUGCUUGCUCAAAUCUUUCUGUUUUUUUCUACUUGAUCCAAUCUUCCAAUGUAUAUAAUCCAUACUAAAAGCUCCAGAUGUGAAGCUUCGUACCUUGGGAACAUGAUAUCAAAUGGCUUGACCUUCA